UGCUGGGUAAUAGACCUCCCUCUUUCCGGCUGGUACGCCAUCAUAUAAGUCAACAUGGGAGCAUACAGGUAUAUGCAGGAGUUAUGGCGCAAGAAGCAGUCUGAUGUGAUGCGCUUCUUGCUGCGGGUCCGCUGCUGGCAGUACCGGCAGCUGUCCAACCUGCACCGGGCCCCCAGACCCACCCGGCCCGACAAGGCUCGCAGGCUGGGCUACAAGGCCAAGCAGGGCUACGUUGUGUACCGUAUCCGUGUGCGCCGUGGAGGACGUAAACGCCCCGUUCCCAAGGGUGCCACCUACGGCAAGCCAGUGCACCAUGGUGUUAACCAGCUCAAAUUCGCCCGCAGUCUGCAGUCCGUUGCUGAGGAGCGCGCUGGGCGUCACUGUGGAGCCCUGCGAGUGCUGAACUCCUACUGGGUGGGUGAAGACUCCACCUACAAGUUCUUUGAGGUGAUUCUGGUCGAUCCCUUCCACAAGGCUGUCAGACGCAACCCAGACACCCAAUGGAUCACGAAGGCUGUGCACAAGCACAGGGAGAUGCGCGGGCUGACGUCUGCAGGGAAGAAGAGCCGCGGCCUGGGCAAGGGCCACAAGUUCCACCUGACCAUCGGAGGCUCCCGCCGCGCCGCCUGGAAGAGGCGCAACACCCUGCAGCUGCACCGUUACCGCUAGGCCUCGCCACACAUGUCUGUACAUUUAAAAAAAUAAACAGCCCUUUUUAUGGUGA